CUUUGAAAAGUCAAUAGGUCAACUUCUCUUUGAUUUGCUAGCCAGUGGGAAGGAGUCUUUCAAAGACCAGGGGCAAAUUUACUGGGCUAGUGCUAUCACCGACCAAACAGACGAUAUCUAACAUGUGAAUUUCGCAGGGCUACCCCACCUGCUGUCCAUCUUAAUCAUUAGUCUUCCUACUCAAGUUUCCAAGUCACCUGACGUGUGUUGCCAGAUAAAGAAUUAUGUACUUUGAAGAGACACCAAGACAUAGUUCAAGCAAGAAAAGUUGAUCCUGUUGGUGUCUCCAUUUUGUUUCUUAAAAUUGGGAGCUCGGGGAUGGCUCCCGUCCCUUUGCUGGUUUUCUUUGCCCUCUUUCACCCUUUGCUUAUUUGCGCUUCCAAAGAAGAUGGCUGGGCCUUCAAGAACUGUCUGCCUUUCACUUGUGGAAAGCUCGGAGAAAUCGGGUUCCCAUUUGCCAACAACACAAGUCCUGAGAUAUGCGGUCCCUAUGCGGUGGAUGGUUGUGACGAAAAAUCUCAAAGGAUCCAACUAGUAAGGGGAGGAAAACGGUUUGAACUUCACAGCAUCUCUCAGGCUGGUACCAUUUCAAUCACUGAUGAGCAAUUGCGGGGACAUUUGAAUUCCAAUUCAUGCGAUUCCUUCAACAAUUUGAAUCUUCCAGCCAGUCUCCCAUACUUAACUAUUCGAGAAAUCUCCAGCCUAACUUUAUUCAAAUGUGACCCCAGUGUCAAUUUUCCUAAACAUCUUGAAUUUAAGUAUACAGGAUGCAAGAACUUCAGCAUCUAUUAUACUCGCGACACCAGUCUGCCUAGUCCUCCACCUACCUGUUCAAUUCUUCAGCUCCCAGUGAACAAAACCGAGAGUUAUGGUGACAUAUUCAGGCUGUUAACAGCUACCUUCUCUAUUGAAGUGUUCGUAUGGCGUCACUGUUAUCAUUGUUAUUUGAAAAGAGGGGAAUGUAAAAUCAUCAAAGGAAAGCCCAAGUGCAUCCAUUCAAUUGAAGAGAGAGAAAAAUUGAGAUUGAAGCUCGGACUAGGUCUCGGAAUCCCUUUCAUGGUGUUAAUAAUUUUGGUGUCCGUAUUUUUCAUCCGCUGGCAUCGACACAAGAUAAAACACAUUUCCUCUAACGUCAAUUUAGCAAAUGCUUCUUCAGAUCCCUCGUCAAAAUCAGACCCGGAAGGGGACAGUAACUACUUUGGGGUCCCCAUCUUCUCCUAUUCUGAACUUGAAGAAGCCACAAACAACUUCGAUUCCAAACAAGAAAUUGGUGACGGCGGUUUUGGAACUGUAUAUUACGGCAAACUACGAGAUGGGCGGGAAGUUGCAGUCAAGCGCCUGUAUGAACACAAUCGUAAGAAGAUAAAGCAGUUCAUGAAUGAAAUUCAAAUCCUUACUCGCCUGCGCCACAAAAAUCUCGUGUCUCUUUAUGGGUGUACUUCUUGCUACAGCCGCGAGCUCCUCCUUGUCUAUGAAUACAUUCCCAAUGGCACAGUUGCAGAUCAUCUCCAUCAUGAUCGAGCCAAAUCUGGUUCACUAACUUGGACUAUUCGAAUGAGGAUUGCCAUAGAAACGGCUAGCGCAUUGGCUUAUCUGCAUGCAACUGAUAUCAUUCACCGGGAUGUAAAAACGCACAAUAUCCUUCUUGACAACAAUUUCUGUGUGAAAGUUGCAGAUUUUGGGCUUUCCAGGUUGUUCCCCAACGAUGUCAGUCACAUCUCAACUGCUCCACAGGGAACACCUGGCUAUCUUGACCCAGAAUACCAUCAGUGUUACCAGCUGACAGCUAAGAGUGAUGUCUAUAGCUUUGGUGUUGUCCUCAUUGAGCUCAUAUCAUCAAAGCCUGCUGUUGAUAUGACUAGGAAUCAGCAUGAGAUUAAUUUGGCCACAUUAGCAAUAAACAAGAUUCAAAAAUGUGCAUUUGAUGAGUUGAUUGACCCAUAUCUUGGGUACAAGUCAGAUGAGGAAAUUAAAAGAAUGACAACUUCAGUUGCAGAGUUGGCUUUUUUAUGCUUGCAGCCGGGCAAGGAAACCAGACCUUGUAUGAAUGAGGUGCUAAAGGAACUAAAAGCAAUGGAAAGUGGGGGGUAUGAGUUGGAGAAUCUGGAACAGGAGCAUGGUGAUAACGAUGCAUCAAAGAAAAAGGAUCCUCCGGAUUGUGUUGUGGCUGCAUUGCUAAAGAAUAUCCGGUCACCGCUGUCAUCGAAUUCCACAACUGAUCAGUGGUUUAGCAGUUCUGCUACACCUAAUGUCAGCAAUUAAUAUUUCUACUUUGUGCUCCGUUAUUAGUAUAUUUUGGUCGUUACAUACGGGCGUCAACAUGUAACAUCUAAUCCAUGUCGAAACUGCAACAGAGAGAUUGAUGGCCAGAAAACUGCAAACCUUCUCUUUAAUUUACACCUCGAAAAUAUCCUCAAUACAAUUUGUGCAUCCCAUGGCUCCUCCAGAA